AUGCCUCGCCAUUACGAUCUCUGUGCUCGCGUCCAGAACGGAUUUGCUGCCCGUCUCCGCAGGAUCGCCGUCCCCGACACCAAAAUGAACCUCGCCAUCUCCAACGUCCUCUACAAGGAGGGCUUUAUCGCCGGUGUCAGCAGGGGUGACCAUGUCCAGCCCGAUAGUGAAUAUGUCGUCACCACCCCCGACAACAUUGCCACCCGCCGUCUCUGGCUGGAAUUGAAGUAUAACAACGACGAGCCCGUCCUCAAGAAGAUGUCUGCCGUCAGCAAGCCUUCGAAAAAAAUUGUCAUGAAGGUCGAGGAGCUCCAGAACUUGGCUGCAGGAAACCGUGCACAGUUUAUCAAGGGACUCCAGCCCGGAGAGAUUGCCAUCCUUACAACCAACUAUGGCGUUCUUGAGCUCAGAGAUGCCCUUGAGAAGGGUGCUGGUGGAGAGUUGCUUUGCCGGGCAAUUUAA